AUGGGUAGGUUCAAGACCCAGUGGACUUGGUGGGCCGGUUCAAGGCCCAGUUCACUUAACGGGCCGAUUCGGCUAAUUCAAUCGACUCUCUAUCGGUUAAUCAUACAGACGAAGUACACUCGCAUGGCGAGAGGCUCGCUACGCCGUCUCGUUCCUUCAAAAUCUCGCUCAGCUCCUUCCGCCAGGCCUUUCUGCACCUCCCCGCCGGCGGACCCUCCGGCCCGGUCGAAGCUUCUCGAAGACCUCCGGCAGAUUAGGGUUCUCAUCCAGCAGAGGCAGACCAACAGGGCGAAAAGCAGUCUCUACGCCCUCAUCCCUCACCAAUCCGCUUCUCAACUCUACAAUUCCUUCUCGCAAACCUCGCCGCCUCCGCGCACGAAGCCGGCUUUCGCAGACGCGCUCCUGACGGUCUACGCGGAGGCGAAGCGCCCCGACGAUGCCGACGAAUUAUACGUCCUGCUCAGGGGCGAAGGUUAUUUACCCUCGAUCUCGGCAUUUAACCUCUUUCUUCAGUCUCUGGUGGAAUCUGGCCGAUUCCGCAGGGCGCUCGAAAUUUUCUCCGACGCCGUGAAUUCGGGGGUCUCGCUGGAUUAUUUCAGUUACGGGAAAGCUAUACAGUCGGCGGUGAAGCUCGGGGAUGUGGGGAGGGGUUUGGAGUUGAUGAAUCUGAUGAAGAACAGUGGUUGGAAGCCAAGCUGGUUCGUGUACAACGUUUUGAUCAGCGGCUUGUGUAAGGAGAGGAGGCUCAAUGAUGCCAGGAAGCUGUUUGAUGAAAUGCGCAGGUUGAAUGUGGCACCGACCACAGUGACCUACAAUACCCUGAUUGACGGGUACUGUAAAUCCUGGGACUUGGAAGGGGCUUUUGUUUUUCGAGAGAGGAUGAAGAACGACAAGGUGGAGCCGAAUAUUGUGACGUAUAACACAUUGCUCAGUGGGCUCUGUAAGAUGGGGAGAAUGGAUGAGGCUAAUAAGGUCUGGGAGGAAAUGGAGGCCCACGGGUUCAUUCCCGAUGGAUUCAGUUACUGUACUAUUCUCGACGGACACUCUAGGCGAGGUGAUGUCGAGGCCUCAAUAGCUGUAUACAAUGAUGCGGUUAAGAGAGGCCUGAGCAUGAAUUCGUACACGUGUGGUAUUUUAAUCAACACUUUGUGCAAGGAGGGAAAAAUGGAUCGGGUGGAGGAGUUUUUGUCGAAACUGAAGGAAUCUGGAGUUGCCCUGACCGAGGUCAUCUUCAAUACCGUUGUCAAUGGCCACUGCAGAGCGGGAAAUGUCGAGAAAGCCCUCCUGACUAUCGAGAGAAUGGAAAGAGAGUGUGUGGGGCCCAGCUGCAUUUCAUACAAUACGGUGAUCGGCAAAUUCUGUGAACUGGGUCAGGUGGACAGUGCAAACGAGUGGGUCGGGAAAAUGAAGGCGAAGGGCAUUGGGCCAGACUUGCAGACGUAUAAUAUCCUGAUGGCAGGCUACAGUCGAAAUUGUCAGUUUGAGGAGUGUUUGCAGAAUCUCGACGAGAUGAAAACCAAUGGUUUGAAGCCCAACGUCGUCACUUACGGUUCGUUGAUAAAUGGCUUCUGCAAGAAGGGGCGGCUUGUAGAAGCCCAGGUUAUCUUCAACGACAUGUUGACGAGAGGCGUGCUCCCGAACGCCCAGGUGUACAACAUGCUCAUACACGGGUUCUGCUCAGUAGGAAAAAUUGAUGAUGCAUUUAGGGUUUUUAAAGAGAUGUUAAAUAAUAAAGUACGUCCGACUAUUGUGACAUACAAUGCGCUCGUGAAGGGGCAGUGCAAUACAAACAGGCUCUCACAGGCUGAAGAAUUAGCCUUUAGCGUCACCAAGGAAGGCUUGAGUCCUGAUGUCAUCACUUUCAAUACGUUGAUCUCCGGGUUCUCAAUCGCAGGUGACCUAGACAAGUGUUUGGAAUUGUACGAGAAAAUGAAAACCUCGGGAAUGAAGCCCACGCUAAGCACCUACCAUCCGCUGAUAAGUGUGAGCAAAACGAACAGGCUAGACCUCGUCGAGAAAUUUGUUCAAGAAAUAUCCAAGUUCAAUUUGUCCCCUGACCGAGUUUUAUACAACGAGCUCAUACAGUGUUACGUACAUCACGGGGACAUUCAGAGAGCUAACCACUUGUGCCAGGAGAUGUUGGGUUCGGGCAUUUGUCCGGACAAGAUGACGUACAACAGCUUGAUUACCGGAUGCUUGAAAGAAGGGAAUACAGGGGCAGCUAGGGAUCUUUUUGAUGGCAUGAUUUCCAGAGGGAUUGCCCCCAAUGACGAGACUUUCAACAAGUUGAUCGAGGGCUACUGCAAGUUGAGGGAUUUUGACGGGGCUUACAUGUGGUAUGAGAAGAUGAUGGGAACUAGGCUUCUGCCACGAGCCUCGAUUUGCAACAUGCUUCUUGGGGGGUUGAGAGAGGAAGGGAUGUUGGAGAAGGCCGAGAUUGUGAGCUCUCAAAUGAGUGUUAAGGGAGUUGACGAGAGUUCGCGUGAGGAUCUCUCGGCUGCUCGGGUCGCGCGAUGA